AUGGAGGCCCUGGGAAGCUGCCAGGCUCUUCUCGGACCCCCGAACCCUGACGCGGAAUCUCUUCCUGCUGACGUGGCAUCGCCCCCACACUCGCGCUGCGCUGAGGAGCAACACGUGGACCAACAGGACAACUCGUACUCGCAGCAUCCGCAUCCUCAUCAGCACGAGCAGCAGCAGCAUCACAAUAAUCCGCUUCAGAACCACAAUCAGAGCCAUCAGCAGCAGCAACAGCAGCAACAGCAGCAGCAGCAGCAGCAGCAGCAGAACGGGGAUAGCAACGGCGACAACGCGUCAUCGUUCCCCCCCGACCAUCCCAACGGUCAGACCGCCACUCACCCCUCCUCUCCCGCGCGUUCUGCCGUCCCAUCCGCUGCUGCCGCCAACGCAUCUCCCGCUGCUGCGGGCAACGGAACCGACGCAUCCGCUCCGGCCAAUCCCGGCGCCGCUGCUGCUGCAGCCGCCGCAUCCGCCGCUUUUCGCGCAGCAGCGGCAGCGGGAGCGUCGGGGCGACCAACUCCCGAGGAGCUGGGGAUGCAUUUGCGAAUGCUUGGCGACAUGAACCUUGGUUCGGAUCGCAGCGUGGGCGACGUCGUCGCGUCAGUGCUGCAGCAGUUGAAUCACGGGAUGAACAAUCACCACGGAAUGAACAAUCACCACGGCAUGAAUCACCACGGGAUGGGCCACCACGGAAUGAUGCCGUUCCCGCCCGGGAUGUUCCCAAUGCCGCCGCCCGGAGUCCUUCCCCCGCACGGCGUCUUCCGCCCCCCGGGCUCCGCGCACCCGCCGCUUCCGCCGCUCGGAUCCGCCCCCGGGCCUUCGGACGCGGACGGGAUGAGCAGCUCCGGCGGAGGAGGUUCGGCGGCGCCCGGAGCCCCUGGUUCGGCGGCGGGAGGAGCGGGAGGCGCGGGGGUUCCAGGUCCCCCUGUCCUUCCGCCGAUGUGGAUGUCUCCGCACGGGCUCGCUUUUUGGCCGCGCCCGGGUGGAAAUAGCACCAUGCAUCACCCCCCCCCGAUGGGGGGAAGCAUGGGCGGGAGGGGUAGCACAGGGGGGAUGGGGUCCCCCGCGCCCCCCGCGCCUGUGCCGUCCGCGGAAGGCAAGGAGGGAGUACGUGGCGGAGCGAGCGCAUGGAUGUCCGCGGGAGGGGGCGGAACGGCAGGAGGGGGCGCGGGGCAGCAUCAGGGUUUUGAGGCGCCGCAGAAAUCGCAUCUGGGGAUUGAAGGGGGGGCGCAAAAGUCUCUUCCGCCAUCCGAGGGCGCGCAGAAGGCGCAUGCGCCGCCGCAGCACCCAGGGCAGCACGGGCAGCACCCAGGGCAGCGGAAAGGGGGCGCGGGGAACCACCCGCACGCGGAAGGGCGGGGGUACCAGGGGUGGAGCGGGGGAGGAGGGGGAGGGGGCGGGGGGAAGGAUGCGGGGAAGGACGGGGGGAAGGGCGCGGGUGAUGGGGGAGAUGGUGAGGGUGUAAAAGCAGGCGCAGGCGCAGGGGGUGGGAGUGGGGGCGGGACAAAGCGGAGUGCUGCGGCUGCUGCUGUUGGUGCAGGGGGUGGUGGCGCUGGGGGUGGUGGCGGUGGCGGCGGGGGUGGUGGUGGUGCAGAGGAAGACGGCGACGAUGGGGCAGUGUUGCAUAAGAGGCCGCGCAUGCCGUCAUCGAAGCCAUCAGCGCCAGAGAUGCCAAUGGAUGGGUGGGAGUGGCGCAAGUACGGCCAGAAGGUCACCCUCGGCCAGACCUACCCCAGGAGCUACUUCCGCUGUGCCCACAAAACCACCGGCUCCCACCCCUGUCCGGCCAAGAAGUGGGCGGAGCGCUGCAACGACAACCCCUUCAACUGGCGCAUCAAAUACGUGGGCGAGCACAACCACUCCAAGCCGCCGCCCCGCCCCGUCACCAUCACCAUCAUUCAUGACGGCCCCGUGGAUGGGUCUGCUGCUGCUGCUCUCCCCGCUCCUCCCCCUGCUUCUGCUCCUGCUGGUGCUCCUGCUGGUGCCAUUGCUGCUGGUUCUGCCGGUGCCGGUGGUGCCGGUGGUGGUGGUGGUGGUGGUGGUGGUGCCGGUGCUGGUGCUGACAUGGGAGAGGAGUUUUCAGAGGGGUUUGCGUCUCCUGUGAGUGACAAGGGGGGGGCGAUUCACAGGGUAGGUGGGGCGAACGGAGGGGAGACGACUGGUGGGGAGAAUGGGGGGUUGAAACAACAGAGCACUCCCAAAGGCCGCGAUUUUUUGUCGGGUUUUGGACAGGGAGAUGGGUUGAAGGGAGUGGGGAGCGGUGAAAGCAAUGGGAGUGGAGUAACGAGAGGGUCGGUUGAGGAAGCGGGGAAGCAAGUGGAGCGUGGUGGUAGUGGUGGUGGUGGUGGCGGUGGUGCUAAUGCUGCUGUAACUGGUGGGGCUGCCUCUGCUUCUGCAUCUGCUGCAGCAGCAGCAGCUGCUGCUGCUGCUGCUGUCUGUUCUCUACCAUCCGGUCCCCAAGCCACGCUGCAGACGCAACAGUCACGGGCAGGAGAAAGGAGUGAGCAGCAAGAAGCGUGCCUGGGGCUUGCCGUGUCUUCUAAUGAGCUGACCACAAGCAAGCAGCAGCAGCAGCAGCAGCAGCAGCAGCAGAAGCAGACAGAGGGAGAGAGAGGUAGUGGUGAUUGUGGUGCAGUAUCAGCAACAGAACGGGCUGAUCGUGGGGCUCUUCAGGCUGAUCUUAAGGGGGAAGCAGAUGGUUCACAAGCAGCAAACCUGCGAAGCGGGCUGGAUAAGCCAGGAGAAGGAGGAGGAGGUAACAGUGCGGAAGCAGACUUGAAGCGAGAGGAGGGAGCUGCAGCGAAACGCACAAAGGUAGAAGGUAUGAGAAACGGGGACGAGGGUGGAGACGGCGAUGAAAACGGAAUUGGCGGCAAGAAUGGGAGUGGGGAUGGGAACGGAGGCGAGGAGGAGCUGGAGAGUCAGCCGAGCAUUGACAUCAAGCCGCGGGAUGCCCAGUCCAAUCCCAGUGCAUGGGCCUCUGCUCUUGGUUCCUCUGCUAAUGACGCUUCUGUCUCUGCAGGCAACUCUGGGAACUCCAGUAAUCCUUUCCCAGGGUAUACCGGCCCGCUCCCCUCUGCUCUCAUGCAAGGAGCCCUCCCCACGCCCAUGUGGUUGUCCUCGCUCCCUCGGGAUUCGCCCCGCAUUCUGAUUGGCCCGGGGGGCGCUAGGUGGCCGAUGGGCCGCGACUCGCCAGGUCAGCUGCAGUCGCCGUUUAACAUGCUGUCCCCGCUGAAUACUGCCCGGGUUUUUUCUGAUGUGGCACAGGCGCCGCUGCCGUCGCCUAUUGACUUGCCAGAGAUCAAAGGAGAGUAA